GAGGGAGCGAGGGAAGAGAGAGGGCUAGUGAAUGUAAGAGAUAUGUUGUUUAUACUGAGCCCAGCUCAAAUUCAACGCCAUCAGUGCACCGGUGCUCAUGUAAUGUGGGGAAUUAAGGGACAUUUCUUGGAAUAAAUGGCAUGCUUCUAUCCAGUGGAUGCAUGAAGAAAAGGAGCUCUGAAUUCUGUGAAAAUGAACUUAGGUGAAAGCUGCAAAACUCCCGCUUUACAAGUUCACACGGGAUGGUGAAAUAUCUCAGCGCUCUUCAUAAGCACAGCGGCUCUUCUGUCUACUAACCAUCACAAAGAACAACUGCAGCUCUGAAGAACUGAACGAGGCUCCUCACAAAACACAUGGAUUAUUGCUGCUGAUUCAAGAGAAGAGAAUGGAGACUCUCUCAGGGGAGGCAGGUUGGGAAGGAUCCCUCCAUGCAACCGUUGCAUUGUCUAACUUCUCCUCCUCCUCAUUCUCUGAGCAUACUGGACUCAACAGCACUUUCAAAGGAGGAUCACACUUCUGGUUGGUGUCUCAAAACAGCUCAAUAAACCCCACUCAGAUGCCUGGUCCAGUCAGGGUGCGGGACAUGUCUCUGGCUAAAGCUGAGAUUGGCGUUCUGGGCCUGGUUCUCGCUCUCACAACACUAGGGAACAGUUUUAUUCUGUGGGUUCUGUUGAGGCGGCGCAAAUACAAUGCACCCAUGCACCUGUUUAUGGUCAAUCUGUGUGUUGCAGACCUUGUGGUGGCGUUUUUUCAGGUGCUUCCGCAGCUAGUAUGGGAUAUCACAGAGAGAUUUCAAGGUCCUGAUGUGCUGUGCCGCUCAGUGAAAUAUCUGCAGAUUGUGGGAAUGUUUGCAUCCUCUUACAUGAUUGUUGCUAUGACAGUGGACCGCCAUAAUGCCAUCUGCUGCCCCCUGCAGGCUUACAAAGGAGGGGCAGUUUCACACUGGAAUACACCCAUCAUGGUAGCCUGGGGUCUAGCCCUUGUUCUCAGUGUGCCACAGGUGUUUAUUUUCUCCAGGUCAGAGGUCUCUCCAGGGGUGUUUGAGUGCUGGGGGAAUUUUGCUGAGCCUUGGGGGCUGAAAGCGUAUGUGACCUGGAUGACUGUAGCGGUGUUUCUUAUCCCUACCUUUAUAAUCACCGUUUGUCAGGUACGAAUAUUCAAAGAGAUCCAUGACAACAUCUACCUGAAAUCAGAAUGUGUGGUUUCUGCUGACAUGAAAAAGAACCUGGUCAUUUUUCACUUUCCUAUCUUCAAAAAACGGGCUGGUACAGUCCGAGAGAGAGCUAGAUGCUCACGCAAGAUGAGAGACGCAAGAGAACUCCAUAAAAAGAACACCAUCAGUGACUCAUCCCAUUCACACACCUGCAACUCACCAGAGCCGGAUUAUUGUGACCAAUCUGGUCAGGAUGGCAGUCCCAAAGACCUGGCCUCACAGACUCACUGUUCAUCCCCUGAUGUGCUGCCUCGCAUUCAGACCCACCCUAACGCUUUCUGGAGCAACCCUGCUGCUGUCCAGACACCACAUGGGAACUCUGUUCCUCACAGGAACACUGACAACACCACCACUGAGGACUCCAGUGUUUCCUCAAACCCCUCUUUCCCGCCUUACCCCCUCCAUCCACCUCUUAGAGGCGUAUCGAAAGCUAUGUCUAAAACAGUGAGGAUGACUCUGGUGAUUGUGCUUGUCUACACCUUGUGCUGGUCACCCUUCUUCAUUGUACAGCUGUGGGCUGCCUGGGACCCCAAUCCCCCUGACCAAGGAGUGGCUUUCACCAUCCUGAUGCUGUUAGCCAAUCUUAACUCCUGUACAAACCCGUGGAUCUACACAGCCUUCUCCAGCAGCGUGUCCCGUGAACUUCUCGCUCUGCUGCGCUGUCGGCCAAAGCUGCCCCGCAGGAGCUCAAUGCAUGACCACUCCAGUGACAUAAACACCUCCACUACCAAGGACAACCAGUCCUGACCCCUACAGAAUAAACUCAAAUUGAGUGUCAGCAGAGAUGGCAAUUUAUGUGGGUGUCUCUGUCCUACACAUGCGGAAGACAUGUUGCCACAUCUUCUAUUCAGACUCAGAGUAUCUGCCAAUGCCACUUUAACCAAGUGAACUGUGAAGAGUGGCUUGUUAAUGACCAAACAGGACCAAUGCAUGGCAUGAAGAUGAAUUCAUAAGAAUCUUAUUCAAAAAUAGACCUCUGAGUAUGAGACUGAUCUUUGCCAUCUCGUGAAACAGGAUAAAGAAAAGCUUACUUGCUGACUGUCAUAAUAAACUUGAACUCUAAGAAAAAUUUUAAUAAUUUAUUAAACACUAUAUUUCAUCGAAGUAUUGUCCACUAUUGUGUGUGAGCUGGAGAUAAACGUCUUAAGUGCAGAGGAAGAAGAGAUCAAGGCCUUAACCCCACAGCCAGCUGCUUCAUCCCAUUUAUCUUUCUGCCAUAAAUCUGAGCUUACUGCAUUCCUUAUUGGACAAAUAUCUGAAAUAUGGCUUUCAUAGUCAUUCAGUACAAAAGGUACAGGUAUAAAACGUUACAUAUGGUGAAGAAUUGUAUAUUUAAUGAGGCAUAUCGAAUAAGAAAAUAAUAAUGGUUUUAUUCAGUGGUUUCAACACCAGAAGUGUGCAACGCAGCAACACUUUCAUUUCCUCAAUAACAGUCAGUUUAUUUAUAGAGCACUUAAAAGCUUAUUUAAAGUUAUGUGAGAAUAUACAGAAGUCAUGAAUGUGAGAAGAAUGUGUAUAGUGACAUCAGGUCAUACAGUGCCUUGAAUUUAACUGUAUAUACAGAUCCUGUCAUCUGAUACUCUGUGAAAAUAAUUUUCUUAAUCAGUAUUUUUGCUUAAAAUAAGAACAAAUAGUUUUCCAGUUGGCCAGAAGCAUAAACCACUACAAAGUCAUAUAUGCAAAAGAUUGCUUAUCAAUUAAACAUAUCUUCUUUUAAGGAUGGCUAAAUAUUUUUUUUGCUUUAAAACAAAACCAAAGUACUGGUUAAGAAAAUAUUUUUGUAGCAGUAGCUGGUUUGGCACUUCAUAUAAAAGCAACAUUCACAUAUAUAUACUACAUAUAAAGGCUUAGAAUACAUGAAAACAAACAAGAUGUACUGUA